AUGUCCCACCCCAUCGCUCAAGCCGAGUCCCACGACCUCGAGAAGGCGCACGACUCGAAGGUCGACGUCGCGGACGUUGUCGACCGCAAGAACAUCAACAACGAGUUUGCGACCGCGCUCGCCAACUCGCACUUUGACAAGUGGAGUCGCGACUCGUGGACGCUGUACUUGGCGGUCUUUGUCGCCUUUUGCAGCUCCUACGCGAGUGGCUACGACGGCUCCCUCAUGACAGCGCUUAUUGCUAUGAAGCCAUUCCAGGAGCGCUUCAAGACGGGCGACACAGGCUCCAAGGUCGGCGCCAUCUUCGGCACCGUCAACGCGGGGUGCAUGCUCGGCGCCCCGUGCAACUCGUACGUGAUGGACAAGUGGGGCCGCCGACCCGCACAGGCAACCGGCGCGGUCAUCAUCGUCGUCGGCACGAUCCUCACAACGACGUCGCACUCGCUCGCGCAGCUCAUCGUCGGGCGCCUCUUCCUCGGCUUUGGGACGGCGUUCGCCCAGUCCGCCCCCGCGUACGCUAUGGAGGUCGCUAGGCCGCAGUGGCGCGGUCGGUGUGCCGCUAUCUACAAUUGUGGCUGGUACGCUGGGGCCAUCCCGGCUGCAGCGAUAACGUUUGGGACCAGCUACCUCAACUCGCACCUCGCGUGGCAGCUGCCCCUCAUCUUCCAAUGUGUGACCUCGGUGCUCAUCUGCGUACUCAUCUUCUUCGUGCCCGAGUCGCCGCGCUUCCUCAUGUCCGUCGGGCGCGAAGACGAGGCCGAGGCCUUCUUGGUGCGCUACCAUGGCGGCGGGGACCCCAACUCGCCCAUUGUCCGCCUGCAGAUCGACGAGAUGAAGCAGUCGUUCGCGCUCCAGAAGAUGGAGCGCUGGUGGGACUACCGUAUCCUUUUCAAGGACCACUCGGCACGGUGGCGCAUGGUGCAGGUCAUCAUGAUGGGCAUCUUCGGCCAGUUCAGCGGUAACGGCCUCGCAUACUACAUCACGGUCAUCUUCAAGCAGAUUGGCGUGACCACCGUCCCCGCGCAGCUGGGCUACAACAUCCUCUACUCGUGCAUGUGCGCGAUCGGCGCGCUGACCGGCGCGAUGCUGACCGACACGAUGCCACGUCGGCGGGUGCUGGUCAUCGGCCCAGCGGUCAUGUCGGCCCUUCUCGCCAUUUUCAUCGGCCUCAACUCGAUGAUCAACAAGCAGAUCGGUGUCGACGGCACGGGGCAUCUCGACCCGUCGCUCGCUCGUGGCGCACUCGCCGUGUACAUUAUCUUCGGGAUCGUCAUCUCGUUCGUGUACACGCCGCUCCAGAGCGUCCUCCCCGUCGAAGCUCUAUCGACGCAGAUGCGCGGGAGGGGUCUCGCAAUUUACACAUUUACGAUGAUGGCGAUGGGACUGAUAAACAUGUUCGCGGGCGCGCAAGGCCUCGCGAACAUCGGGUACAAGUACAUCAUCAUCUUUGUCGCCUUUGACGCGUUCGAGAGCCUCGCGUGGUACGUCCUCGGCGUCGAGUCGUGCGGGCGGACCCUCGAGGAGCUCGACGAGAUCUACCAGCAGGCGUACCCUCCUGGCGCAUCCAAGCGGUUCAACUAG